GACAUCAACAUCAAAGCAACUAGUCCGUAACCUCUCCAGCACUGCUAGGUUGGACUAUAAAUCCCGUCCCGCAUGCGCGCAUGAAGAAAGGGAAAUCCCACCAUCUCAUCUCAUCUCACAAGAAACCCACAACGUCCGAUCCCCUCCCCCACUGUUCAGCACGCACCACGACCGCCGCCAUCUCCAACACCAGCAGCCGCACUCCCCCGCACCCCAAAAUAACAGGACCUGGACAAUCUCAAACCACAGCAUGCACAAAUCUUCGCCAAUCAAUGCGCUGCAACACCAAGGUACCUAGGCGAGCCGUAACCCCCCCCCACCACCACCACACGGCGCCGCAUCUCCAUCUGAACAUCCAUUAAGCUCAGCGUUAAGCUUAACGCCGGAGCGGGGAUGCGCGACGUCUACGGUACGGUAUGCGGUCUGGGGUCUGCGCUUGCGUGCUGCGCGC